AACCACAUCUUGGACUGCUGGCUGCUGCCAAAUAUCUAGUUGUUGGACCACCUAGUUAUGAAGUUAAGACCUGCUAAGAAGCAGUUGAGUUUUAAGCAUUAGUUAUAUGGAACUCCAAAUCCACUUUUUUGCUCUCUUGAUUCUCUGUAUUGCCUUCUUCUAUUUGUUUACUAAACACAGAAGCUCAUCAGGCAACGAAAACCUUCCUCCGCAACCAUGGAAGCUCCCUUUACUUGGACACUUGCAUCACCUAGUUGGAGAUCUCCCACACCGAGCUCUCGGAAACUUAGCCCAAAAACUGGGACCAAUUUUUCAUCUAAAGCUCGGUGAAGUCUCUGCAGUCGUAAUCUCAUCUCCUGCUUUGGCUAAGGAGGUCUUGAAAACCCAUGAUCUCUGUUUUCCUAGCAGGCCCAAGAUUCUUGGUGCUGAAAUCAUUGGAUAUAACUAUACAGGUAUCGUUUUCACACCUUACGGUGAGUACUGGAGACAAAUGCGUAAAAUAUGCAUUUUGGAGCUUCUGAGUGACAAAAAAGUCCGAUCUUUUGAAUCUAUUCGCGAUGAAGAGUCUUGGAGUCUCAUCGAAUCCAUUGGCAUUAGGGGUAAAACUACAUCUUUGCCACCAUACGGGUCAGAAACAAUCAAUAUUAGUGAGAAGAUAUUCUCAAUGAUGAAUGCUAUUGCAGUUAGAGUUUCAAUUGGAAGCAAAUGCAAGGAUCAGGAAAAGCUUCUUGCAUUGAUUGAAGAGAUAAUAUCUGUGUCGGGUGGUUUUGAUGCGUCAGAUGUGUUUCCUUCUGUCAAAGUUCUGCAUCUAGUUGCAGGUACGAGAAAGAAAUUGACAAAGAUACACAAACAGAUUGAUAAAAUUUUAAAUCGCAUUAUCUCAGACCAUCAACAACACAAUGCAACUGGAUUGAGCGACCAGAAUGAAGAUCUGCUUGAUGUUCUCUUGAGGAUCAAAGAUGAUGGUGGACUUCACUUUCCAUUGACUUCUGAUAAUGUGAAAGCUGUCCUGUUGGAUAUGUUUGUAGCUGGAACAGAUACUUCAUCGGUGACAAUAGAAUGGGCGAUGUUAGAACUAAUGAAAAAUCCAAGGGUAAUGGUGAAAGCACAAGCCGAGCUUAGGCAUGUAGCAAAGGGAAAGAAAAAGAUCCAUGAGUCGGAUAUUCAACAACUUGACUACUUGAAACUUGUGAUUAAGGAAACCUUAAGGUUGCACCCUCCUGCUCCAUUGCUUAUCAGACAGAGUCAAGAGAAGUGUGACAUUGGUGGAUACCAUAUAGUCGCCGGUACAAAAGUUAUUAUCAACGCGUGGAAAAUAGGAUGUGAUGCAGAUCACUGGAGUGAUCCAGAAAGUUUCGAUCCGGAAAGAUUUAAUGAGACUUCGGUUAACUUAGUAGGAACGGAUUUUGAAUUUCUUCCGUUUGGGGCAGGAAGAAGAAUAUGCCCAGGCAUGACUUUGGGGUUAGCCAAUGUCGAGCUUCCUCUUGCCAGACUACUUUACCACUUCAAUUGGGAACUCCCGAGUGGAGUACAACCCGAAGAUCUUGAUACAAGUGAGAAAUAUGGAGCCACUCUUAAUUUAAAACACAACUUGCAUUUAGUUCCAGUUGCUUGUAACGCUAACUAAUGACCAACAUCAUGUGUGUAGAUUUGAUUUCAAUAUCUUUAUCAAUGUAUCUCCUUUAGUUAUCGAAUGUUACAAUAAAAGUGACACUUGCAAAGUUGUAAGAAGAUUUAACAUACAAUAAUUGUACAUUCUUUU